AUGUCUCCUUCUUCAGAUCCAGCGUUGCUAGGACUUGGUGAAACUUUCAACCAAAACGACGAAACCCCUGCCGAAGAUAUUUCCCCUGAAGAGGACAUUGCUCCCUAUCACGUUUUGGCUCGAGGUAAAAAGCCUCUGGCAGCGUACCAGAGAGCUUUAGAGGAGGGCGAAAUAAUUGACAGACGUGUCAAAGUCAUGCUGAUAGGCCAGGACCGUACUGGAAAAACUAAUGUUGGACAUGCCUUAAAAGGCGAGAAAUUUGACCCUGAAGAAUCAAGUACAGAUGGUGUACAGAUGCACGAGGUCCUGAAAGAUGUUGGUGUUCAGCCAUGGAAGAGUUCCAUUUUGACAAAACAAACGACGACAUACCAUCACAAAUGUGCCGAGUUAAUAUCUAGAAAUUUGUUGACUGGGAUAAAUCAAGAAUUGAUGACUACACCAAACGAGACCUCAACUCUCGAACAAGAUCUUCCUGUGCACCCCCAACUUAACUCAAGUCCAGAAAUGGAGGAAUUGAAACACGAGACGCCCUCUGUCCCAAAAGAGAAGUUUGAUGAAGUAAAGCAAAUAGGGCCUUCCCCCAACCACACCCCAAGAGAAUUCGAGAGGAAGGCCUCUUGGGAAAAUAUUGUUAGCAUUGUGGACGGAAAACUCCUAGGAAAAGAUUCUGAUGGCGAAGAAGGAAUUUGGCCAAUUAUUUGGGAUUUCGCUGGUCAGGCUGUUUACCGUGCCAUCCAUCCUAUCUUUAUGUCAUCUGAGGCAAUUUAUCUCUUGGUGGUUGAUCUUUCGAAAAAUCUUUUCGCUACAGCCCAGUGUCGUGUAAAAGAAAAUGGUCGAGAAGAAGUUACCAUUCCUGCCCCCGAUUGUAAUGAUACAAACUUUGAUCAUAUUAUGAGAUGGUUAGACUUGGUACACUCCCUGAGACGCUCAAGACAAUUGCCUCCAGUGAUUCUUGUUGGAACACACGUAGACCUAGUAGUUAACCCUGAACAGAAACUUUACGAUUUGAAAAGUACCCUCUGCCAUAACUCAAAAGUUCUCAGUGAUCACAUUGCAAUAGCCUUGAGUGUAGAUAACACCAAAGCUGGCACAACUUCCCCUCAAGGGGAAGAUACAGGAAUUACCAAAUUGCGCGAGAAAGUUAUAAAGACGGCUGACAAAUUACAGCAGACAAAAAGGAAAGUUCCCCUGAAAUGGCUCCAGGUUGAAGACAGAGUGUAUAAUAUGGCAAAGAAAGGCACAAUGUACACAAAACGGGAACAGUUAAGGCUGAAAAUAGUUGACGAAAUCGGCCCGUUGGAAAAGGAAGAUGACUACGAACACCUCUUGAACUUCCUUCAUGAUCGCGGCACUAUUGUGUACCAUGUCCAGGCCGAGGAUCCCAAUGGGUUGAUCGUGCUGGAUCCACGAUGGUUAAUUGAGGUGCUCUGUAAAAUAAUAUCUGUUAAAACCCACGAAGAUGAAGAACUGUCCCUUUUUUCGCUCUGCCAAGAUCUAAAAGGUAAAGGUAUUCUUCAUGGAGAGCUUCUCGAUCAUGCGUUAAGCGCCCAGAAACUCUCUCACAUCAGAGAAUCCUUGUUAUUUACAAUGGAAAAGUUUAAUCUCCUUUGUAGAUUCAACGACAAGGAUGGCAAGCCUGCCUUCUUGGUGCCAUGCAUGCUGACAAUAACGCCAGAAGAAGAUCUGAUUUGUACAGAAGAUGAAGCAUACGCUCCUGCGUACAUCACAUUUAACACUGAUUAUGUUCCCGCUGGGCUCUUCUGUAGAAUUCUUGUUCUCCUUGGUAAGUGGGCUGCAUCAAAAACCAGUUGUGACCAGCAACAGUUCUUUUCCAAUGCUGCCCGAUUUAUUAUUGGAGAUUUGACCUGCCUAGGACUCGUCUGCCACAAAAGUGUCAUAAAGGUCCACAUUUGGUCAAUGGACUCUUCCAACCCGAUAAAGAUGAAUACGACACUCUGCGAGGAAGCCUUCAGAUCUCUUAAAAGGACUCUGACGUUUCUGAAAAAGGAGUGUUACUGGAUGCGUGCUGUUUCCUGGAAGUUCUCUGGUAAAUGCAACCUGUGUCUGGGGAAAGUAGAUCCCAAGACUAAAAAUUGCUCUCGGCAUGACAAAAAAGGAUGUGACAGUGAUGACUGUGCCCACUAUGUUGCCAUAAAUUCUCGACCAUUCUGCUGUGAAAAUGCUAAAGUUGUUGAUCAGCGCCUUCAGCGGACUUGGAUACAGGCAUUGCCAUCCAAGGAAGCGAACAGCGUAUCCACCACCCACAUUAACAUGGGUGAAGCUCUCGACAGCAAGAGGUCCAGGAGCAUCAACUCGCACAGCUUUCCUUCGUCUAGCCACUGCAGAGGAUCUGAUUGUGCGUUAAACGUCACUCUCCUGGCUGUUGAGUGGGGUUCAUCUAAAGGAGGAUUUUCAACCAUAAACAGAAAUCUAGCCAUCAAUUUUGCAAAACACAAACGAUUAAAUGUCACUCUCUUCGUGCCAAAAGGUUCUUGUAGUGAUGAAGAGAAGAAAGCUGCUAGACGUCACAACGUUGCUGUUAGAGAGGCAAGUUCACUCGACGGUUAUGAGGAUGGUGAUUGGUUGACAAAUCCAGCUGAUGAUUUUGCCAUUGAUUUCGUCUUUGGUCACGGGAUUAAUCUCGGUAAACAAGCUAAACUUAUAAAAAGGACGCAUGAAUGCAAAUGGGUUCAAGUAGUGCACACUGCACCUGAAGAUCUUGGAAUGCAGAGAAAAGGCACUGAUGCUAUUUCAAAAGGAAUAAAGGACAACGAAAUAGUAGUUAAUUUAUGUAGAUCAGCGGACGUCGUCGUAACCGUUGGGCCUAAGUUGAAAGCACGCUAUGACUCCAGUUUAUGCGUUUAUAAGAACGAUCACGAUAUCAUUCAGCUGACUCCAGGCAUAUUUAGUGAAUUCUCGGAUGUAAAGCGAGUCUCACAUAAACGGAGUGAAUUCAGUGUGUUGAUCUAUGGCCUUAUUGAUCCUGAGGACUUCUCCCUCAAGGGUUAUGAUCUUGCCGCAAAGGCAAUGGCUGAACUGAAGAAUGACAAUUACCGGCUGUUAGUAGUGGGUGCACCCGAAGAAAAACUGGAACAAAUCGCCGACACUUUCGAAGACUGUGGAAUCUCAAGAGCUAAAUUGACUGUCAGAAGCAUUGUGAAAGACAGGGAAAGAUUGGUCGCGUUAUUUUGCCAGGCUGAUCUUCUCCUCAUGCCCUCAAGGACCGAGGCUUUUGGCUUAACUGCCCUAGAAGCCCUGUCUGCCGGUCUUCCUGUUCUCGUGAGUGAAAACUCGGGGUUUGGACAGGUAUUAAGCACACUAACAUCGGGCGACCAGUUUGUUGUAAAAUCCAAUGACCCAUGCGAGUGGGCAAGACAAAUUGCAAAUGUACGGCGGAAAGACAUAAAGAUGAGACUUGACGAGGUCAGGGCUUUGCAAAAAUAUUAUGACGCAAGUUACAGCUGGGAGAGAGAGUGUAGCAAACUCGUCGCAAAGAUGUGGAACAUCUUCCGUGAUCCAGUCAGCAACACUUUGAAAGAUGAUACAGGCGAGACCAUCGAAAACGAGCUUGACUCCCAAAUGCUACUGCUGCAAACGAUUGCAGGAAGCAAAGGCUAUGAAAUUUCCGGUAACGAAGAUCCAGUCAGCAACACUUUGAAAGAUGAUACAGGCGAGACCAUCGAAAACGAGCUUGACUCCCAAAUGCUACUGCUGCAAACGAUUGCAGGAAGCAAAGGCUAUGAAAUUUCCGAUCCAGUCAGCAACACUUUGAAAGAUGAUGCAGGCAAAACCAUUGAAAACGAGCUUGACUCCCAAAUGCUACUUCUGCAAAAGAUUGCAAGAAGCAGAGGCUAUGAAAUUUCCGAUAAUGAGGGUUCCGGAAAUUGCAUGUUUCAUGCAUUGUCUGAACAACUGUCUCGUAUAAAACGAAUCACAAUGUCAAGUUACGAAUUAAGACAAGCCAUUGUCCAGUACCUCAGGAAGAACCCAAGACAGCCGGAUGGAACAUGCAGGUCCAACUUCGUAGAAGGAUGGAAAUCUUGGGAUGAUUAUCUGCAGCACAUGAAACAAGACGGUUCUUGGGGUGAUCACUUAACUUUGCUUGCUACAGCAAACCUGUUCAAAACUUGUAUUCGGGUGGUAAGCAGUCUGUCACAUCACGAUGACGUCUUCAUUACGUCGAACUACUGUACUGAUGACAGGAAUCCUCUCGUGUUGGGACACGUCCCCGAGUUGCACUAUGUGUCCCUGGUCAGAAGGGACGCCAACCCAUCUGAGUAGAAAGAAAUCUGUGAAGCGAGACUCCUCUUUAAUUGUCAUAGAAUUGUAUAGAUGCAAAGAACUCUCACAGUUUAAAUGGCUGCCUUCGUGGGGUACUCAAUAAAACGGCCAAGACGAGGAGGCUGUAGCUCACGAUUACUCAAAAUUAUCUUGAAAAUAUUUACUAUUUUUAUAGACAGUUUGCAUUGGAGGCAGGUAUCACCUAGAUCAAAUACGACAGUUAGAACCGCAAAAGUACGGCCAUAAAGUCAACCACCAACUACCUGGGUACGAACUUCAGCUUCACCAUUUUGUUGUACAUAAUUUCCACUGUCGUGAAGUGUUUCUAUGCUCAAAAUUGACUUCUUUGUUGUAUCGCAUGUUUGAUUACUUAUCAAGCGUUUUGAUAUUUCGCUAUCACUUGAGUAGAUGCGAACAAUGUAGCAGGAAGCGUUCUAGCAUGGAAUAAUCCAAACUAAUACCUCGUGCGUAAAGUGAUGUCAAAUCUAAAGCCUAGGUGAAUUGAAACGUCACCAGACAAGCCGCUUUAAAAUUUUUCAGAAAUAAAAAUGGCGUGCUGUUAAUGCUUAUCAAUGACAAGUGUGACAAGCGUAUGAUUUUAGGCUACCUACAGUGGCUUAUCACCCUUUAACUUAUAUGAAUAACCAAGACAGAAUUUCUCCUUACAAUAUCAAGGAAACAAUGUAAUUAAUGUAAUUUUUGAGGUCGGUAAAAGAAAAGCAAAAUACUUUUUUAUCUUGUCUUGAGAAUGGGACAGAGAAAAAAAAAUCCUGAGUCCUCGUGAAAAAACAAUGUCUUCUUAGUCCCACGCUCGCGACAAGACGAAAAACAUAUUUUACUAUCAUAAAAAUUGUACGGCAGACUGUAAUUGGGAGCCGAAGGCUCAAAGGAGAAAAAAAAUAGUAAGCUAACCCAGAGCACAUCCAGAGAACAGACAUUGAUCAUAAAAUAUUUUCCCUACUGGUAUUGAACUUUUAUUCACAGCUUUAAUUAACAAAUAGAGAAGCCUUAACUAUGCUCUGUUCUAAUGUAAAGCACUCAGGAAGCGGCUAGAGCACGAAAGAAGUGUAGGGAGAAACAAGAGACGUAUUCGAGUGUUUCUCUCUACUUCUUGAGUGCUUUAGCCGCUUCCUAACUUAAUUUAACUGAGUUAAUUUCCCCCGUUUUGUACGUUCCCGCGAAGUCCAGUUUAAAGGCGCGAAAACUUAUCGUCACAAAAGAUCACAGAUGACGUCAAAUUGUGGUAAGAACAAAAAAGUGGCACUGAACAGACGCACGGCAACUUGGAAUCUAUUUGUUUUAUGUAAUAUAGAAUUAAAAUGUACGGGAAAAAAGUUUUAAUGAUGACGUCAUCUAUACGUCUGUCCUCCAAUAGAUCAUAAGUGAGAACCAAUUAGAAUGCGUGCACAA